UGGACAACAUUUCACUGAUCAAUACAUCUGCACAAUCACUGUUCUUAAAUACCACAUUUCAUUUACACAACUCUUAGAUAUCUCUUCAACAAUUCAAUAACCAAAAGAUUUUAUAAAUACUUUCAUAAAUAUUUCUACCCACCGUCUUCUUUUAAUACCCAAGUUCUGCCUCUUACAAUCUGCAAUUUCUUGUUACAACCUAAAAUUGGGCAAGUGGUUAGGAAAUCAUGGCCACCCAGUUGGAGAAGAGCAGUGACAAUGGAGGGUCUAGUGGUGCAGAAGUGUACAGUGGCUAUGAAACCUGCAAACAGAAGGUUCUAGAGCUUCUGCAAGAAUUGGGUCUUCCCAGGGGCUUACUUCCUUUGCAAUACAUAGAGGAAUGUGGGUAUGUAAGAGACACAGGUUUUGUGUGGAUAAAACGUAAGAAGAAGCUAGAGUACAGAUAUAAGGCCUCUGGAGUACUGGCUUCUUAUGCUCCUGAGGUAACUUGUUUUGUGGAGAAGAGGAAGAUGAAGAAGAUAAAUGGAGUGAAGAUCAGAGAGCUGCUGGUAUGGCUGCCUUUGACUGAGCUGAGCAUUCAGGAUUCAAACACUCAUAUGAUUUACUGCAAGACUGGUUUGGGUGUAGGGAAGAGUAUGCCCAUCAGGCUCUGGGAGGAGGAAUAUGACAAAUAUAUGUCUAAGAUUGAUGUAACUCCUCCUGCUGAAACUUGAACUUUUCUUGCAUUUUAUGCCAUGAAUAAGCUUCUCAGACAGUAGUUGCUUUUAUAUAUUUCCUGAAGUUUGGUUUAUAUACCAGAUGUUGCAUAGAUAUAUUGCAGCUAUGCAUAUAUAUAUUUCCUAAGGUUUGAAUUAUAAAUCAAGUUUCAUAGA